CAUAAAAACAAACCCCUUUAAAACAUUUCUCUGUUUUUUCUUUCUUCCAUAGAAGCUUCCUCUGCAAGAUCCAUUUCUACUUUCUAUCAAUCUAGAAGAUUCUGGAACAGUGGAGAGCAAUGAAAAUGAACCCUAGAGCUUGAUCAGUCGUUCAUCUUCUCCGCAAAACCAACUCACUACCACGUCGAAUCUUUGAAUUCUAUAUCAAUUUUGAAGUCUUCAGGAAGUUAUGGCCGAUAAUUCCAAGGACGAUUUCUUCCAGCUCAUGAAACGAUUUGGGUCUUUUCUCACCCUCAAAGUUUCUAAUCUCUUCCAAAACCUGGAUUCGAGAUCUGUAGGAGCUAUAGCAGGUCUUGCAUUUGCAAUAGUUUUUACAUGGAGAAUAUUGAGAUCGCCUAGUGGACCACAGAGGAGGCGUCCUAAACGACAAGCUGUUACACCUGGUAGUUCUGGUGUAAACAGUCAUUUAAGUGCAAAUGUAGAAACUUCAGGAGUUAGCCCUUCUUCAGAGGAUUCAAGUACACAAAAUGUUAUUGAUGAGUUCUUUCAGCCAGUAAAGCCAACACUCGGGCAAAUAGUUAGGCAGAGACUGAGUGAGGGGAGGAAGGUAACAUGUCGGUUGCUUGGAGUAAUCCUGGAGGAAACUAGCCCAGAGGAACUACAGAAACAAGCAACUAUCCGAUCCUCCGUGCUGGAAGUGUUACUUGAAAUCACCAAAUUUGGUGACCUUUAUCUUAUGGAGAGAGUACUUGAUGAUGAAAGUGAAAAAAACGUCCUGGUGGCUUUAGAAGAUGCUGGAGUGUUAAGCAUGGUCAAAGACAAGGUUCUCUUUUGUAGCACUGAGAAUGGGAGAACAUCAUUUGUCCGACAACUGGAACCUGAUUGGCAUAUAGAUACAAAUCCGGAAAUCAUUUUUCAAUUGGCGAGAUUUAUCAAAUAUGAGCUACACAUUUCACCUACCAAGCCAGAAAGAGCAGCCAUGAAUGUCUUCAGUUCAACAUCUUUGGAGCAGUUUUUUGGAACUGUUUAGAUGCAAACCCAGAAGAGCUCUAACAUGUUUUCGUUUAUUUUAGGUCUGUCUUUUCGCCCUUCCUCUUCAACUUUGGGCUGUUAAAGUUCAUAUCUAAUCGCAUUUAAAUCCUUUUCUGGUAUAUGCUUCAGUUUUGAGGUUCAAGGGGCAUACUUUGUAUAUUACUAUGUUAUCUUCAGAAUAGAUCACCUUUUAUGGUUGUAUUGUAUUACUCUUUCCUAAGUCAAACCUGGCGCUGUAUUGUAUCCAAGUACUUCUCCACAUGGUAGGCUCAUCGCAUGGUAAAGAAAAGUAUGACAGAUCAGAAUCUCUGCACGAACUUAAUUCAA